AUGGGUUUUUAUCAAGUUAUAUUAUUUUUGAACAAUUAUACCUUAUUCCCUCUUCUUUGUAGGUGUAGUAAAGAGCUAAAGUUAUGUGAAAGCAACUGGUUUCGCGAAUACCGUCGGCUCAUUUUGCACUAUUCAAGUUACAUCAGCUUUGGUCUUGGAAAUGUUUGUGAGACAACUUCUGCAUGGAUUACGAUGCUCGUUUCCGUGGAACGCUAUCUUUCUAUCCGUUGGCCCCAUCUAUCCAAGCUUUACUGCACUCAACGACUAGGCCGUAUUCAAGUGGUCGCAAUCGCCUGCUUAGCAACCCUUUUCAACUUGCCUUUCUUCUUUGCUGUCAGAAGGGCUGAAACAGUGUUCAACAACGCUACGCGAUACCAAAACCAAAUGACUAAAUUUGGCAAGUCGGUGCACUAUGAAGUCUACACCUGGGUCAAUUUUAUGCUGACUAAGUUGAUCCCGCUAGCCAUUCUCUGCAUUGUCAGUGGCCUACUUAUUCAUCUCAUAUCUUCCACAUAUCGGCGUCAGCGACGAAAUAAGAUAUUCCUACAGUUGCCCAGCCAUAAUCUAGUUGAACCUGAGCCUACUGUCUCGAGGACACCAUUGCAAUAUUCUAACGAAGAAAAAAACGCUGGUUUUAACAUUGAUUCUAGCAUCCUCAUAAAGAAGAGAAGUUCUCCUUCGAUGAAUAUAGCUCCUUCUAUAAUCGUCGACAAAACAUUCAAUACGACUAAUUCGGUUGAUUUUUCUGUAGCCGAGAGCAGCAUUCUUGAAGGAGGGCCGAUUAAACACCGUACCGACUCACUACAGCGUAGGUGUCGUGGCCGUCGUUGGGGUGGAUCCCGACAGCCUUGGUCAAGCAAAGUCGAAGGCAACUGCUUGAGAAGAACAACAGAGCAUAUGAAUCACGUAGAUGAGGCUUCGGAUUUGACUAGACCAGUAGUUGAAGAGAUACAAAUUGACUCUAUGCCUUGUGAAGUCAUUGAGAGCACUGACAUUUAUUCAACUUCACAGGAAACUGCUUCGCCUGGAGGGGCAUUAAUGGCCGUAUCCGAAUCAGACGGGAACGUUGGAGACAGUUUGUAUUACCAAAAGAAUAAUGCCUGUAAACUUGAAUCCAUUGAGCCGUCUAGGAGAGAAAGAGCCAAUAAAAUAGACCAGAGCUUCGUGGUCCAAUUAGCCAGCACGGAGAAUGGAGAAAAGUAUAAAAUGGAACCGAUAAUAAAUGAAAGGAAAUUCUGUGAAAAAGUGGUUGAGUUAAAGGAGGAGGAGAUCAUUUCAUCUCGGUUCAUUUUAAGCACAGCGGAGGUACAACCUGAAGCUGGUCAUCGGCGAAUAAAGCAUAGAAUUGGGUUCUUGCAUGGGCUGAGUGGAGGGCAAGCACCGCGGCCAAGCCGACCAAUCGACAGGCGCCAAAGAGCCCAGAAUCGCCUAACGGUGUUACUCAUCUUUGUUAUUGUUCUCUUUAUAAUUGGUAGAAUUCCCCAAGCUAUAACAUAUGAACGGAUUUUAAAUUUGAUGUUGAAGGACCGUGGACGUGGAGAACGUCUCCGAGCAAGGGCUAACUCAAUUUCCUUUUUCGCCUACUCUAUGAACAUUUUUGCAUAUUUUAGCCUUAACAGGCACUUUCGCAGACAACUUGGUCUAUUGUUCUGCCAAUACUGUAUCAAACAUGGCAAAACUUGGAGUGUAAACUCGAAACAAGAAUUAUAA